CGCUGACAUCACUGAGCAGUCGGCUCCUCCAGCACACAGCUUCAUUUUCUGCUCAGCUUUUGUUAAAAUGGAGGCUGGUCUCGGGCCGUGAGCAGUGUGUGUGUUUCUGCGACGCGCGCUGGCGUGUGUGUGACCCCGGCAGGAUGGUUGUAGACGCUCCCAACGCCAACGGGCCCUUCCCGCCUGUGGCUCUGAUGCACUUCAGGGACGUGGCUCCGGCCGAGCAGGAGAAGCUCUUCGUGCAGAAGCUCCGUCAGUGCUGCGUCCUCUUUGACUUCCUCUCUGACCCGCUCAGCGACCUGAAAUGGAAGGAGGUGAAGCGGGCAGCGCUGAGCGAGAUGGUGGAGUACAUCACCCACAACCGCAGCGUCAUCACGGAGCCCAUUUACCCAGAGGUGGUGCACAUGUUCGCAGUGAACAUGUUCAGGACUCUUCCACCUUCCUCCAACCCGACUGGAGCAGAGUUUGACCCCGAGGAGGAUGAACCCACUCUGGAAGCAGCGUGGCCACAUCUACAGCUGGUGUACGAGUUCUUCCUGCGCUUUUUAGAGUCGCCUGAUUUUCAGCCCAAUGUUGCCAAGAAGUACAUUGACCAGAAAUUUGUGAUGCAGCUCCUGGAUCUGUUCGACAGUGAAGAUCCGCGCGAGAGAGACUUCCUGAAGACCACCCUGCACCGAAUAUACGGGAAGUUUCUGGGGCUUCGAGCGUACAUUAGGAAACAGAUUAACAACAUCUUUUACAGGUUCAUUUAUGAGACCGAGCAUCACAACGGAAUAGCUGAACUGCUGGAGGUGCUGGGAAGCAUCAUCAACGGCUUCGCUUUACCGCUGAAAGAAGAGCACAAGAUCUUCCUGCUGAAGGUGUUGCUGCCGCUGCAUAAGGUGAAGUCUCUGAGCGUCUACCAUCCGCAGUUGGCGUACUGUGUGGUUCAGUUCCUGGAGAAGGACAGCACACUGACCGAACCGGUGGUGAUGGCGCUCCUCAAGUACUGGCCGAAGACACACAGCCCGAAGGAGGUGAUGUUCCUGAACGAGCUGGAGGAGAUCCUGGACGUCAUCGAGCCCUCAGAGUUCGUCAAGGUGAUGGAGCCGCUCUUCCGGCAGCUGGCCAAGUGUGUGUCCAGCCCGCACUUCCAGGUGGCAGAGCGAGCGCUGUAUUACUGGAACAACGAGUACAUCAUGAGUCUCAUCAGUGAUAACGCAGCCAAGAUCUUACCCAUCAUGUUCCCCGCGCUCUACAGAAACUCCAAGAGCCACUGGAACAAGACGAUCCACGGCCUGAUCUACAACGCUCUGAAGCUCUUCAUGGAGAUGAACCAGAAGCUGUUUGAUGACUGCACACAGCAGUUCAGAGCUGAGAAGAACAGAGAGAAGGCCAAGCUGAAGGAGCGAGAGGAGGCCUGGAUGAAGAUCGAGAGUCUGGCACAGUCAAACCCGCAGGUGUCCCGGGAGCAGAGGAAGGAGCGUCCGCUCGUCAGGCGUAAAUCGGAUCUCCCGCUGGACUCCUUCACCACUAAAGCCUUGGAGACGCAGCGGCGAGCAGAAGACCUGCUGAGCAACCACACACACGGCCACUAGCUGGCGCUGCGCUGUAACACACUGCACUCUCAGGGGUUCCACUGGAGGAGCACACCUACACUGUCCUCUACAUAUGGGUCCGUCCGGCUCUGCUCUUCCCACUGUGUGUGUGUGUGUGUGCGCGAGACAGAGGCUCAGAACAGUGUGUGUGUGCGUGUGUGUGUGUGUGCGUGUGUGUGUGUGUGUGUGUGGAAGAGCAGAAGCUUUCUUCACUUUGACGUUCUGUUGAGGUUCAGGGACGGCUGCCAGUGCCAAUACUGUCACGUUUAUUAGCUUCCUGUUAACGGCAGUGUGUGUGUGUGUGUGUGUGUGUGUGUUUUCUGCUUCGCUGAUGUGCGGUUUCACAGACGGACACACAAAUGGUCACUUCUGUGCCAUAAUGAACUCCUGACGGACCAGCGGAGCUCUUCCUGCUGUUUACUGGUUCACUCAGUGUGUGUGUGUGUGUGUGUGUGUGUGUGUGUGUGUGUGUUUGUGAGACGUCUACACCCAUAUCAGCACUUCUGACCGGAGCCGCUGGUUCUGCUGGAUCUCGGACUCGCUGCUGAGCGGGAAACACGUCCGUCUUUUCCAGAACGAUCUCUGUGCCUUCAGCAGCGGGACCAGCGAUGAUUCACUGAUUCACUGAUUCAGCAUCGCACACUUGACUCUCUGGAGAUUCGGUUCGUUCGCAUGAGUCGACUCAAACGCUGACGCUUCGAUUGUUCAUCUCCGUCUGGAUGUUUCCUGAUAUUUACUGAAAUACCAAGAAGCACUUCCUGAAAACUUGAAAACUCUACUGUGUGUGUGUGUGUGUGUGUGUGUGUGUGUGUGUGUGUGUGUGUGUGUGUGUGUGUGUGUGUGAUGAAUCAGUCGCAUGCUUACAGUCGUCUCUGUACUGUUGUUUCAGCUUCUGUAUGUUUUCUCGCUGCGGUUUCUUUCUUCUCUAUAAUGAUUAAUGCAGUAUGUGAGCAUAUAAAUGUUGAUGUAUGAA